AAUCGUGAAGGGAUAUUGCUCUUUGUAACUCUUGUACGAUUCCAAGCGUUUCGGCCACUAAAUAAAAACGAACAAUUUCCACCCGAGCUCAGUUGAGUGCCUGGCAUCCAACUUAGACGUUGUCACAUUAAAGUGUACUCUUUUAAGCAAACAUUAGUUUAGGAAGAAGAAAAAUCGUUCUUUCAUUCAGUUUCCAAACCUUUGCUCCAACCGAUUUUAGUUCAAUUUUUUUGGAUUAUUACCAAAUGAAAGUAGUUCACAUUUCGAACUCUUCAUUUUUCAUCAUUAUUUAUCAUUUAUUAAUUUUUAAUUUAUUAUCUUAACUAUAUCUAACGAUCUAAUUCCUAUUUUUGUUGAAUAUUUUUGGUUUUGUUUUUGUUGAUUAUCUGGACAUCUAGUUUAGUUGUGCAUAUCAUUGAUUGCAAGUCUAAGACUGUUACUGAUAAAUUAAAAUUAUAAUUUUGCUCUUGACUGUUUGAAUUUGCUUUUGAGAAAUUUGAUGAUUAAUUGAGAUAUUGCUAUUAGUUUAAAAAAAAAAUUGUCAUUGAAUUUUUGUUUGAAAAGUCACUGGUUUUCAUGCGAAGUACAAUACCAUGUACAAACUCUUUUCCGAACUAAUUUGCCACAAUUGUAGAACUGUCGGCCAUUCGGGUAGACAUUAAAUUCAAUAAAUAAUAAAGAAAUCAAUCGAUAAAAAUAAUUUGUGGAGUGAAAAAAAAAACUGGUGUCAAUGUGUAAAAUCGAACAGAACUAUGUCCUCAAUAGAGAGAAUCUCUUUAGGAUUAGGUGAACAGGUGUGAUUUGCUGGCGAAGAAACUUUCUUUUUCUGUUCAAAUUAAAAAAAGAAAAAUCAUCUGAAUGAAUAAGGAGUUAUUCGAAAGUACUUUUUAAUACAUACUUAACAGCAUAGACAUAUGAACUUGACACGUCUGCACUAAUCGAAAAACGAUUAGCAACGACCUUAAACACUUGUUAAACAAACAUUUUUGUGUACAGUUUAUUUCCGUAGUUUACACUGUUCAAUUCCGCAAAUUAAAUACCCUGGCGAAAAAUAUGAAACCCGAGCAGAAAACAAUGGAACAAAACCUGGAAUUUGAUAUAACGAAAAUUACGGAUGUCAACCAAUUUUGCCUGGGACAGAUUUUUAUGUAUUUGAAUUUAGAAGACCUGCUUAGUGUGGCAGAUGCAAACAAAUAUCUUAAACGUGCAACUUACACAAUAUUCAUGCAAAAAUACGCCGGAAAAUCGGUCAAAAUUGAUGUAGGAAAUUUGGUUAGUCGCCCUUUGUUUAGACCCAGUCCGGGUAUGCGUCAUAUAUGCAUACGACCGGAGGAGACUAAAUAUGGACCAGUUUACGACGAAUUAUCAGAUGUAGGUGAAGAAAUAAAUAUUUUGAAAUUAAAAACCAUAUUUCAAAUGCUACGUUGCUUCGGUCCAAUCAUAAAAAAGUUGCAUUUUAUGUACGGUUUCGAUUGGUUUGGAGAUGGUUAUAAAACUCAUCAUCGUAUUAUGGAGUACGUGAGUGAAUUCUGUGCCGAAUCUUUAACCAAGAUGAUAACUGAAGCAAGGGCAAUAAAUCAAUAUAAAAAAACAUUUUCAAAUGUUGAAGAACUUAUAAUUAGUGAAAAGUGUAACGAAACGAUAUGUUUGAACUCAAUUUAUCCGAAAUUACGUAUUUUGCGGAUUGGGCCAAUGCCAUAUUUUGGUUUGCUUAUAGCGGAUACUUUUCCAUAUUUGCAAGAAUUGGACCUUACUUUAGCAAAUGUGGUUGCAAUGACGUAUGAUAGCUACAAAUCUGCUGUUGCCACUGCAUUGCGUUUGAAUCCACAUUUGAAAAGUUUGAGUAUCAAACUAAAUGAUUUUGUAUUUCUACGAGAGAUCAGUGAUAAUUUACAGUCUCUCGAAUCUCUUGAUGUUUCAUUAAAUCUGGCCGAAGGCUCAUUUUAUAAUAAUGAGUACUCAGAUAAUGAAGAGAAAAUUUAUUUUCGAAAUGUGACAUUUUUCCGAAUGAAUUGCAUGACAUCUGUUAGGCAUACUACUAUACCAAGUAUACCCAUUUUAUUCGAACAAUUAAAGGUGUUCACAUUGGAAGGACAUGGUGAAUACGAACUUCAUCACGAUCAAUGCGAUUAUGAUGAUCCGUCAAUUAUGAUGUUUUUCAAUACGAACCGAACAAUUGAGAAAUUGACACUGAAACGUAAAAUUCUUGGCACAUUAACGGACCCAACGAUGUUGCACGAAGCAUUACCAGCCUUAAGCGAGUUAACUUGCGCCAAUAGCUGGUUCGAUAUUGAUUAUGUGUAUGAUCAAUUUGAAAAUACAUUCACAUUUUUGGAAAGAUUAAAUUUCUAUGGUUUUUCUGGUCGUCCAACCGAUCGUCGUUCAUUGAUCGAUCAAGUUAGAGGAAUUUGCUCUGAAAAAUGCCAAGUGAGCAAUCCUUAUGGACGCUUUAUCAAAUUGGAACGUAUUGAAGAUUGAUUUUGUCGAUUACAAAUAUUUUUUCACUGUUUAUUCAUAUUUUUAUUGACUCAUUCCAUUUCACAGCUGCUUAAUUCAUAAUUGAUUUGAGUAGUACGAUAAAUACGAGACAUUCAAACCCUUUCGGACGUUUUUCGUACAAAAGGAUUGCUCUUUUUGAUUAAUGAACAUUAUUAUCUUACUGAUUAUUGUUAGCAAAAUGAAUAUUAAAACCUGCAUUGUAUUUUAAGAAUUUUACUAAUAAAAUUUAAUUUUUUCAACCCAAAACAUUUCUUUUUUUCAU